AUGCAGCCUAGAGGAAAUGACCCCAGGGUCCCCUGCCUGGAGGAGGGGCGCGGCCCCGGGGACAGGGGUCAGGACGCCCCGAGGCCCCCCCGAGGGCCCGGGGUGGGCGGAGGGGGUCGUGCGCUCCGGGAAACUGACUGGCGCCCCGGACCGGGGCCUCGGCGGGGCUCGCACGUGAAGCCCACGGCUCGGCGGAGGCGCGAACUGACACCCGCGGUCGCGGGCGCCGGGCUGCGGGGACCCGGGAAGGGCGCCGGGAGGCGGGGGCCGGACCCCGCGGGACACGGGCGCCGCGGGCCCGGGGGCUCAGCCUGCCCGGCCUGCGGCGCCGCGGGGCCUCGGGCGUGGGGUCCCGCCGGGCGGGAGCGGGAGCCGGGGUCCGGGCUGCGGCGCCRAGGGCCGGCGGCCGGGGUCCUCACCCCGCGAGGCUGGCCCGGGCCCCGAGCGCUGUGCGGAGCCGGAACGCCGGCMGCGGGUGGACGCCGGCCGCGGGUGGACGCCGGCCCGCGACCCCGGCCCUGCCCGCCGCCCGGCGCGGCCUCGCUCGGCCCCUACCUGUCUGUGUCCCGGCGCCCACCCGCCCGGCACUGCGCGGCGCUUCCUCUCCGCGGCUCCUCAAUGGCGCAGGCCAGCAGCGCUCGACCCUACCAAUCGAGCGGCGACGCGCCGGCGCCUGGCCAGCCGAGCGCCGAGCCAUCGAGGAGGCGCCCCCUGACGCCGGCAGCUGCUCCUGCAGGGCGGGCUCCUGCGGGCUCCUGCGGGCUCGCAGUGCUUUGCUGGGGCUGA